CUGUCACGCCCAGCAGACGCUGGCGCACCUCACCUGCAACCGCGCCGGCCACUGCCACCACCUCCGCGCGACUCUCCUCCGUGUCCCACGCCCAUUGCCGCCAUGACCGUCGCAGAACAGAUAAAAGACAGCGCCGAGAGCGUCAAGGAAGCUGUUGGCCUCGGCCACGGCGCUCCCACUCGCCAAGCCACACGAAAAGAAAUGAGCGAUGCCAAACUACCGCUGGCCUACCGUGACUCGUGCGCCCAUCUUCUCAUCCCACUAAACAAGUGCCGAUACGACAACUACUAUCUAAACUGGAGGUGUCAGGACGAGCGGCAUUCGUAUGAGAAGUGUCAAUAUGAGGAAUUCAAGUUGAGGGUAAAGAAGAUGGAUGAGAUUCGGGCACAAAAGAACGGAGAGCGAUCGAACUAGAUGCAUGCCACAGGACACCCGGGCAAAGUCGAUACCAGUGAUGCUAUACUUAAGCAACACAAUGAGCGCUCCGUUCGCUCCUCGCUGGCCGCUACUGUACAUAUAUCACGGAGCACUAUGACCCAAGACGCUUUGCAUCCAGA